CAAUACCUUACUUAUGAUAUUUUUAUUGUAUAGAUUUGAUUUUAUAAAUAAAUAAACAAGAUGGCCUCUCCCACAUCCGAUGAGCCUCAAAUACAAUCGAAAAAGCCUUCAAAUAGUGCCUUCAAACAACAAAAAUUACCAGCAUGGCAACCAAUUCUCACUGCCGGAACUGUGCUGCCAACCUUUUUUAUCAUUGGUUUGGCCUUCAUUCCCGUUGGCAUUGGUUUAUUAGUUUCAUCAAAUCAGGUUCAAGAAAAACAAAUUGAAUAUACAAAGUGCAAUAGUACAGAGUUUAAUAGGCCUUGUGAUGAACUGCUUGAUGAAGGUCAUAAAGAAUGUCAUUGUGUUGAAAUAUUUAAUCUCGGCACCCAGUUUAAAAGAGAUGUUUUUCUUUAUUAUGGGCUAACCAAUUACUAUCAGAAUCAUAGACGUUAUGUUAAAUCCAGAGAUGAUGCUCAGCUAUUGGGUGAUAUUAACAAACAGCCAUCAAGCGACUGUGCUCCUUAUGAUAAAACUGAUAAGGGUGUUCCUAUUGCCCCAUGUGGAGCCAUUGCUAACAGUUUAUUUAAUGAUGAAAUCAAGUUGUUUGUUUUAAAACAAGAUGGGUCAGAGGAAGUUCCUUUAUUGAAGAAAGGUAUUGCUUGGCCCACAGAUAAACAAGUGAAAUUCAAGAAUCCAACUGGAUAUGCUACGUUGGAAGAAGCAUUCAACAAAACUGCCAAGCCAAUAAAUUGGAGUCUCCCAGUGUAUAAAUUAGAUGAAGAUGACAAAGACAAUAAUGGAUUUGAAAAUGAAGACCUAAUAGUUUGGAUGAGAACUGCAGCAUUACCUACUUUUCGAAAACUGUACCGACUUGUUGAUCAUUCUGAUGUUUAUAGUUCAGGAUUACCUUCUGGAAAAUAUGCAUUUCAUAUUACAUACCGUUAUAAAGUUGCAUCCUUCAAAGGGACCAAAAGACUUAUCUUAUCCAACACUUCAUGGCUUGGAGGAAAAAAUCCAUUCUUGGGUAUUGCCUACAUUGUUGUAGGAAGCAUUUGUUUAUUACUUGCUGUUGUUUUUCUUAUUAUUCACUUCAAAUAUGGUAAAAGCACACAUGAUUUGGUCAACAUCUCACAAAGAACGCCUUAUUAAGAAGCUAUUUACAGGUUGUGUUUUGUGUACACAUUCCAUAUCAUAAGCUUUCAUAUCUCUUAGAGAUGUAAAUAAAAUUGUUUGUUUGCUUCAGAUAUUUAAUAUGUUGCAUAUUUAAUUAUUGUUAAUCUGUAUUUGUUUUAUGUGUGUAAAUAAAUUGUUUCAUGUAUUUAUAUAUGAAAAUUAUUUUAAAAUCAUCUUACUGUUUGUGACUUGUAUCAAGAUGCAGAGCAAGUUUGAUUUAAUUGAUAACUGGAAAUUGAAUUGAUUGAACAAUCAUUGGAAUUGGCUGUAUUGUAUCAGACUAUUAUAAAUUUUUUAAUAAAAUUAGGAAUAUUGGAAAAAUUUUAUCUUUGCAAUUCCUUUUUUAGUUGUGGACAUAGAUCUAGUCACAUUUCCUGCUUACUAUUUUAUAAUUAUCUAAUCAAUAACAUGUAUUGAUAAUGAUAAAAUUUUAUUUUGAACUCAUUUUAUCUUGAUAAUAAAGUGCGUAGAAUUUUUUCAGUAUUUUAAAUAUUUUUGCAAUAGAAAUAAUUAAUAAUUUUCUAAUAGAAACAAGUUGUUUGUAUUAUUCUUUAUUUAUGAGAAAAUAAUUAUUUGGGUGUGUUAAAUUUAAUCCUUUAGUUAGUCAGUGUUUUUUUUUUUUGGUUAGUUUUUGUAAUAAAUUAUUCCAUUUAUGCUGUGCUAACAAUGAUCUAAUUAAUGCUUAUUUUAUGAUCUUAAAGAAAUUUUUUUAUAGUUUUUGAUUGAUAGCUAAAUCAUAAACUCAGCCAGUAUUGUACUAGUAAACAUUGAGGGUCAUUAUUUAAUUUUUAUAUUUCAAAUCUUGGGUUUGGGUUGAAUGGUGAGUCAUUUAGUUACUUCAUAACCCUUUUCAUGUUUCUUCUGUAGGAAGAGAGAAAAUGAAUGAAAUUGUCACUUUUUGAUUAAAUAUAAAAGAUUUCAUUAUCAUUUAAAACAAAUCUUAAUUAGACAACAACAAAAGUAUAAAGAAAUUUGAAUUUUCAUUAAAAAAUUUGUGUCAUAUGCAACUUAGUUUCACAGUUGUAAUAAGCUAUGUAAUAUUAUUUGGGUUCAUUAUCUUGUCAUAGUUUAUGACAAAUAAUUAAUUUAAAGAUAUAUAUUAAAAUUUAUCUAGAUAUAUUUUAUAAUUAUCCAUUCAUUGUAAUAAUUUUCAUUUAUUAUGUAUUGAAUUUUUGUUUAAUAAAUAUUUAUAUUAAAUAAGCAGGUAUUUUACUUGAUAAAUAUUCUUAUUUAUUUUCUAAUUUUUGAUAGAAUUCUCUUUUUUUUUUAGUUAUAAUAAUUAUCAUAUUAAUUAGUUCAAUUGUUUUAUGAGGUUAAUAUAUUUUGCUGGUUGCUAGAUGCAUCAUUUGUGUCAAUAUUGGUGAAACAAAAAUUUUGAUUCUCUAUGAUUUUAUGAAGUAAAAGUAAUUUUGUUGUAACUAAUUUUUUUUACGAUAUCAUAAUCAUGUAAAAUUUUAAUGAAGAAACGACUAAUAAAUUUCACCAGAAUUAAAAUAAACCCUUAUACAACUUGGGAACAUAUGUAAUAUAGUGUAGAAAAUGAGUAAUAUAGAGUAGAAAAACUUUCAAAUCAUAUAUCAUGAUUUCAAAGUUUUUUCAAGGCUCUAAGUGGCAAAAUCAACAAUUUAAAAUUCAGGCUUGAUCUGUGUUGCUUUUUAUUGACAUUGUGAUUUAUUUCUGAAUUCUGAUAAAAUUUUGUUGGUGAAAUUAAUAGUAGUUGAUUAAAAAAAUAAGGUUUUUUUUAAAGGAAUUAAUUAAAUUUAUCUUAAUAUUUUCUAAAAUUACAUUUGAAAUUACUUUUUUUUUUUUAAUUAUGGGGCAUUAGAGCUUUUAAAAUACCUUCAGUGUUUACAACUUGAUGUAUUUUGAUAUUGAUUUACUUUGAUUUGAUUGAUUACUUCAUUUUGAUAUUGAUCUACUUUGAGUUUUGCUACCCAAAUUAUUUUUCUUUGUUUUCUCUAGAAAAUGCUAUUCUUAAAAAUAUUGUGAUAAAGUGAAUUAAAAUAACUUGUCUUUUAUUAAUAUAAAAAAAUAUGUCUUCCCAUAUAUAUAUGUUAUCAAUCUUAUAUAUAAUAUUAUUGAAAUUAAUUUAUUUUACUAAUUAUUUUAAAUGGGUAUUUACAACCUAAAAACUUAAUUGUUUCACCAGUCUGAAUAGAAAGUACAAUUGGAAUACAUGCUUUAAAUUUUUUUCCCAGCAUUGUAUUUUACUUGCUACUUUGUUCAUGCUUUUAUGUUCUAGUUACAUUAAUUUUGUUGUUUGAUAGCAAACAAUAUACUACUUACAUAAUUGUAUUUGUCCAGAGAUUGAAAUUUUCUGUCCAUUUUCUAAUAUUGUUUUAGUAAAAUGUUUGAAACUUUUGAAUGUGUUAAAAUAAAGUAUU